AAUGUUCAGAUGUUCUGUAUAAGAAGACAACACAAUUGUUCAUAUCAGAAGCACUGAGCAUUUUGAGCCGCUGAAUGACCAGGACUGAUCCUUUCAUGCCAUUCAAUAUAAUAAACAAAUGGGGAAUUUGAAUUUCCAUCAAGGCUUGUGGAAAUUGAAUUGUGCUCUGUGCCUCCUACUGUUGUUUGCCUGUAUAAGCAGAUGCAAUGGACAGAGCAGAAAAAAGAAUGCAGAUAAAGCUGUUUCAGCUGAAGACCAAGAAUGCUUUCUCGAUGUCAUGUUUAUUGUUGAUGGUUCAGAGAGUACAAAAGGACAUCUUUUUCAACAACAGAAGGAUUUUGUUAUGAAUUUCACUGAUCAGAUUUUCCAUCUAAAACUGACCAAACCAUGGAAAACCAAGACAAAGAUGGCAAUCAUUCAGUUCAGCAGCUCAGUCAGGAUAGAGCAAUCAUUCAACGAUUGGACAGACUUGGAGAAUUUUAGGAAAAUUGUCAACUCUAUGACGUACAUUGGGCAAGGCACUUAUACUUAUUAUGCUAUCAUGAAUGCCACUAAUAUAUUCAAAGCUCAUAAAAGUCCGGGCAAUGUAAAAGUGGCCAUACUAAUGACAGAUGGCAUCGACCAUCCAAAAAGUCCUGAUGCAAGACAGGCUUCGGAUAUUGCCAGAGCUGCUGGAAUAAACUUCAUUUCUAUUGGCCUCUCUACUCAAAAGGCAAAUAAAACAAUCCUUUUCAAGAUAUCGGGGGAUCCACUCAGUGAUCCUGUUCUGAUUCUGGGUGAUCCAAAUCUACCGCAAAAAAUACUAGAAAAAUUGGCCAGCAUUGCAAAUGCACAGUGUGACAGAAGCACAUGCACUUGUGAAAAGGGAGAAUCGGGACCUCCUGGGCCUCCAGGCACCAGUGGAGACAGAGGUGAGAAAGGAGACAGAGGACCAAAAGGAGAUCCAGGAGAUUCUGUUAAGGGUGACCCGGGAAACAAUGGAGAACAGGGCCCACCAGGGGCUGAAGGACCAAAGGGUAACAGAGGAGAAUGCGGGAGACCUGGAGUAAAAGGUGACAGGGGGCCAGUAGCUCCACCUGGACAGAUAGGUCCUAGAGGAAGUCAGGGUAUCUCAGGACCACCAGGGCAGACAGGUCCAAGAGGAAACCAAGGAGACAAGGGGGAACCUGGCCCUGAAGGUCCCAGAGGUCCUGAUGGAAUCCCUGGAAUUGGGCAUCAAGGAGCAAAGGGAGAAAAGGGAGAAGAAGGACGAAUAGGAUCACCGGGACCUCCAGGCAUUGGGGAACCUGGUUCUCCUGGAAGUCCCGGCACAGAAGGAAUGCCAGGGGAGAGGGGUCAGCCUGGAGAGGGAGCUCCUGGACAGAAGGGAGAAAAAGGAUCAGAAGGGCCCCAGGGUCAUACUGGCUUACCAGGAUUGUCCAUUCAAGGCGAUAAGGGUGACAUUGGACCUCCAGGAACAUCUGGUCAAGUAGGACUUCCAGGUUCAGGCUCUCCAGGACCUCAGGGCUUACAAGGAAUUAGAGGGUUACCUGGUCCAAGGGGUCCUCAAGGUCCCUCGAUAGCUGGUCCAAAGGGUGAUGCAGGUGAGAAAGGAUCCCCAGGCCCUUUAGGACAGUCCGCACCUGGUUUACCUGGACAGAAAGGGAAUCCAGGGCUUCCUGGAUAUCAAGGAGAAGCAGGAGAAAAAGGAAAUGACGGGAAGGAGGGCAAAAAGGGAGAACAAGGGAUUCCUGGACCACGAGGGCCAGUGGGUCCUACUGGAAUUGGACUGGAGGGUCAGAAGGGAGAUCAAGGGGAAAAGGGAUCUGUUGGUUUAAUAGGUACAAGAGGAAAUUCUGGGCCUCCAGGUCCAAAGGGAGAACCAGGAAUGAAUGGAUUUAUUGGUCUGCCUGGACCCUCUGUGGUUGGACCUCGUGGACCAAAGGGAGACAUAGGACCAUCUGGACCGGAGGGACCAGUAGGAGAUCCCGGCCUAUCAGUCAAAGGAGAAAAGGGUGAUGUUGGCUAUAUUGGACCACCAGGGAUAUCAGGCCCAAAAGGAGAAGGCAAUCCAGGAAUCCCAGGCCCUCGUGGUAUUCCUGGUGCACAGGGAUUACCUGGUGGAAAAGGUACUGGAGACCCUGGGCAAAAGGGUGAGCCAGGGAUAAGAGGUCCUCAUGGAUUUCCUGGACCAAGAGGAGUUGGAUCACCUGGAAGUAAGGGCACGGUGGGACAGAAAGGAAUACAAGGAGCCUCUGGGCCCCCUGGGUAUGGUGUUCCAGGAGCAAAGGGAGAACCAGGAUAUAAGGGAUCACCAGGAGCUAAAGGAUCAAUAGGACAUGGCGUUCCAGGCCCUAAGGGAAAUGAAGGUAUCAAAGGGGACUCUGGAAUGAAAGGUACCAAAGGUGAAAUAGGUAAUCCUGGCAACGUUGGAAGAACGGGACUUAAAGGUGAAAAAGGUGAACUUGGCCUCACGAGAGAAGACAUAAUAAGACUUAUAAUUGAGAUUUGUGGUUGUGGAACAGACUGCAAAGAUACCCCACUCGACCUUGUUUUCAUUAUUGACAGCUCUGAAAGUGUGGGACCAGAAAACUUUCAUAUUAUUAAACAAUUUGUGAACAAGCUCAUCGAUAAAAUAUCAAGUGAUCAAACGGCUUCUAAAGUGGGAAUAAUAAACUUCAGCCAUAAAGUAGAGGUUGUUGCUCACAUAGGUCAAUUGACCAAAAAGGAGAACCUCAGGGAAGCCGUCAAUCGCAUGAAUUACUUAGGAGAAGGCACAUACACCGCGACUGCAAUCAAAAAAUCUACGGAAUUGUUUUUGCAAUCUAGCAGAGAUGUGAAAAAAAUUGCCAUCGUGAUCACAGAUGGGCAAGCCGAUAACCGUGAUACGAUGCGACUGGACCUUGUUGUAAAGGAAGCCCAUUCUAUAAAUGUGGAAAUGUAUGUCAUCGGGGUGGUUGACACACAUGACCCCAACUAUGUUCUUUUCCGGAAUGAAAUGGACUUGAUAGCUUCUGACCCAGAUGCCGAUCACGUGUUCCAGAUCAAUGACUUUUCAACCCUUUCAGAACUUGAAAACAAAUUGUUCCAAAAAAUCUGCACGAAAGGUAGUCACCCAUGGCUUGAAACCUUUCGAAGAAUAGAUAUUGGUGCAACUGUUCCACCUGCUGUGGUUACGGAACUUUAUCAGAUUGACAGAGAGCAAGAUGUUAAUUAUUACCCACAGAGUACACAGCCACCUGCCAAAGAUCGAAAAGUAACACCAGCCAUACAGAAUAUUCCAGCGUUCAGACCUACCCAAAAGCCAGAAGCUUUAGAAGUUGUGAAACCUGCUGGCGCACCUAGCACCCAAACAGUAGCACAGGACAUCAGACACGAGCAAGAUGCAAGGUGCCUAGAGGAUAUGAUGCCAGGACCAUGUCGCUCCUAUGUCGUCAAGUGGUAUUAUGACAAACUGGCAGACUCCUGCGCCCGCUUCUGGUACGGUGGCUGUGAAGGAAACAACAAUCGCUUCGAGGCAGAGAAGGACUGCCAGGCUGCUUGUAUGAUACUAUAAGCUAUCCCUGUGUGUAAUUGUUUAUACCUCAUAUAGAACAUUUUUUUCAGAUACUGUAUGUACUGUAUAAGCUAAUUUAUGAUAAGAAAGGGAAACCCUCCCAAUAUUUAAUUACUUACUAAUGUUAGUGUGUGUAGGCAGAUGGGUGGGCAGUGCAGGUAAUAGUAAGGUGCAGUUGUUCAGUACAGACACACCUUGCAUAUAAACACUCGCAAACUGGCAACAGCAAAAUCUCAAUUUAUAUGCACAAAGGCAAAUGAAUACUUAUCCAGAUUAUCCAUCAAGUCUCGCGUUCUUUUCCUGUUAUUGUAAAAGGUAGGGAUGCACCUAACCCUUUCAUUCAUUUCGGAUACGCCUGAAUCCUUCUCACUGUAUCUGUCCAAAUACUGAACCGAAUCUGAACCCUUGGUGCGGGCGGACAUUGUGCACGGUGCACCAAAUUUGUGAAUUGGAUUCGGUUGACUCCUGGAUUUGGUGCAUCCUUAGUAAAAGGCAUUUGAGCUGUAGCUGUUCCCACCCCUUGUUAAUCUGGUUAUCAGGCUAUAUCAAUAGCAUGUCCAUUAAGUAGAUAGACAAUGCUAGAUUAAAGCACACCUGCCAGCUGUCCCGCUGUUCUUGCCUUAGGGCUGAAUAUUAGGUUGCAAAAGGAAAGGGAUUUACCAAAAUCCUAGUGCAGUUCUAUGCAUAUCAGUCACAUAUGUCACAAUUAUUAAUUAGAGAAUGUUGGUGGGUAUGGAUUAAAGACAGAGAUCAGAGGGAUCAUUUAUCGCUCAUAAGGCAGGUGCAAGCCGCCAUGUUUAUAUUACUUUGCACCCUGGCUAUUGGGUGCUCACAGAUGCAGGUGCUUGUGCAUUAGAAUGUCUUCAGGAACACUGUAUUCAUGAGGGACAGGCAGGGUGAGGUGUGUGUGAGCCCUCCAGGCACAUAACAUACAAGUCAUUCAGGUGCACAAAUUAAGGAAGGCCAAAGAAUCCCUGUACUUACCGCUUGUCUUAUGUCAGGUGAUAACAGGGAUGCAGUUUGCCUCUUGCCAGGGCAUGGUUGUGUCCAGGUAGAUUCUAUUCACUAAAAAUCCUUUUGUCCAAAUAUUCUCCUUGCACUUCCACACAGCUUCGGACUGGAGCAUUGGUGACCCACGGGCUGCAUCAUAUAGAGCCUUUCUGGCAGCCACCAGGGCCCCUUGCUACCCCCCCCCCCACCACCACCAAUCAGGGAACAGACCUGGGCCAACAGGGGCCCAAUGGGUUUUUUCCCUGUGUCUGACCCAGAUUCCACAUAGUUGUACACCCUGCCUUUCUAUUGAAUAGCACCCAAGUGCAACUAUUGAUGCUGGGGAACUCUGGAUUUAUUACCACCCACCCUGGUAAUAUUGAUAAUUCCAGGGUUCCUACAGUGGGCUGCACCAACAGGAGCCACAGACUUGUACCAGUAAAUCAGACACUAAUGAUUCUUCCCACAUUGCAACUGGGUUUCUAUUGAUGCAUCAUGUGCAAUUACAGUAGACACAACUGGGUGCGCGCCCAUAAUUAAGCUGGAAUUCUGGUUUAUGGGAAAAAAAACAUGGAGCUUUGCAUCAGGGAAUAGCACUUUCCAUGCAGCACUGCAGUUGUAAACGAGGCUUUAUAUCUUGCACAUAUCUGGGUUUAUAAACAUCACAUUAUGCAAUAUUUCCCAGUUUGCUCAAUGUCUGUACAAUUUAGAAAGAGCAGGAUUCUAAACAAAGUGCUAACAGUGUAAUAAAAAGGCUGGUGCUGCACUGUGCGGAGCUAUUAAACCUGCUCACCGGGCCUUUGCUUUCCUGUGUGACUGGGUGUGUCCCAUACACAAGAGACGUUUCUGCAUAUACACGUAUAUGUUAUGCUCCUGGAUAGUGCCACUCCUACUACAAUGAGAUGUAGAAACCGAGCCAGUUUAUAAUCUUAUGGGUGCUACUAUACAUCUUGUUGUGGAGAGAAAACAAUAUCAGUGUUAACAGCUAAACUGUUUCUUCAUUAUGCUGUUGCUUUUCUUUUUCCAGUGAACCUUGAUCUGUAAUCCUUACUCUGCUGUUUCACUAGCCCUUCUGCCUCGUGUUUUGCCCUGAAACUUUAAUGUAUCUGUUUACUUUGCAGUAUUUGUGUUGCACAAACGCUUUGUUUCCUCUCUCUGAUCUAAGCGCGUGUUCCGCUGCUGCAAUUUUGUAUUGGAUUUGUGGUCAUACAGGAAAGGUGGAGGCACAGCAUGUCUCUGUAUGAAAUGGGCAAAUGUAAUCUUUUUCAUUGUAAUGUUUUAAAAUACUUCAAUUUA